AUGGCGGGUGUCAGCGGCAGCAGCUCCUCUUUUGAGGCGCCUCAAAAGUCACUGCCCCCUCCACUCUUCCCCUCCGCUCAUUCUCCCCCCCCCACACACACACAGGUGUCAGCGGCAGCAGCUCCUCUCGGCCUCUCCCUCUCCCUCGAACCUCUCCACAGCCUCGGAAACUCCGCCGUACCUCCGCCCGCAGGCUCGGCAGCUCUGGCCCAGACCUCCACCCCAGGCUCGGCAGGAGUGGCAGCAGGAGGCGGUUCUGGUUUGGGAGUGGGAGGAUUGGGAGGAGUGGAAGGUGGGGGAGUGGAGGAGGUGGGGGGAGGGGGAAGAGUGGUGGUGGUGCAGGGGAGUGUGAUGGAAGAGAGGGAAGGGUUGCAGAAAGUGAAGGGAGUGCUGCAACAGCUGCUACAUUCGGCCAGUCAAGCAGGUGUGAUUAUAGGAGCUGGAGUGAUGCUAGGAGCAGGUGUAAUUUUUGGAGAAGCUCCCCCUGCUGGGUCCAUUUUCGGCCUGCAUCAGCCGCAGCAGCAGCAGCAACAGCAGCAGCUGGAGGCACAGAAGGAAGCUGCGAGGAACCUUCUGGCGGCCAUAGCAGACUACGAGCAUCUUAGGGACGUCCUUAGAGGCCACUGGGCCAAGGGGCUGCUGCCACGUGGCAGCAUGCCAUUGGAGUACAGCACUCAGCGAAUCAAAGCCCUAGCAGCAGGCUCCUGCCUGCGCUGCUUCCAGUGGUCAGCAGGAGGAAGCUUCCUCACGCGAGACUCCACCCGCAUUCCCACCACCACCGCCCCCUCCCCUGCCUCUGCUAUCCCCCUCAGCAGCACCGCUGCUGCUUCUGCCUUUCCCUCUGAAGCUCCUUCCUCCUCCCUCACCUCCUCUGUCCUCCCACAGUCUCCUCCUGCCCCAAGCUCGCCUGCUCCCUCCACCCCUUCCUCCCUCUCCACCUCUCAACUCUCCUCCAUUUCAUACUCGUUACAAGCUGCUCCAGAAGGCGUGUUCCUUGUGCCGUGGUCUCCAGACCUCCCCACUGAUGCCCAUCUGCUGCUCUAUCUCUUCGCUGCACACCUGUCGCAUCCCCAUUGGCUUGACGAAUACCUGCAACCGCCACUGCCACAGCCGCAGCAGCAGCAGCAACAGGUUUCCUCAGCUCCUACUACAGUGCCGGCAGCAGCUGCUAGCUUUGCCGCCCAAAAUCCCCUCGUCGUGGGUGGCUCUCUCCCCCGUGAUCGCCUCUUGCCGCUUUCGUCUUCUUCCUCCACUCAGUCACCGUCUGCCCUUCUGGGCGGCAGGUUCACGGCCAUUGUGGGGUCAAUACCACCAGCCAAUGCUAGGCUGCCGCCCGGCGCAGACGUGCUUGUGAUAACAAGGGAUGCACCUCCGGUUUUCGUCCUUUUCUGGGAAGGCCAGCCGUCCUUCUGUCUGCAGGGGAGGUUUGCAUUGUGGGAUGCUGUUUUGCUGCUGUGUCUUGGAGUGCAUUUGCACCAAGGUGGCGUAAUUGGUGAUGUUAGCCUGUCUUCUCCAUCUCUAUCGCUUUCCAGUGUGAUGGAGCAAAUCAUGCCUGCCAUUAGCUCUUGA